AUGGAUAUGGACUUUGGAGAUGCAUGGAAAGAAUCCAUUGAGGGUUCAGAUGCAAUGUCGCUGAAAGGGGACGAAAAUUCACAACAUAAUAAUGUCGAAGAGAAUAUAGGAGACAUGGAUAUGGACUUUGGAGAUGCACGGAAAGAAUCCAUUGAGGGUUCAGAUGCAAUGUCGCUGAAAGGGGACGAAAAUUCACAACAUAAUAAUGUCGAAGAGGUUAUAUCUCAUAACAAACCAAAAAAGGAUGCUAAUUUACAUGUUAUCCCACAAGACUAUGUUUGUACCGCUAGGGAUAUUACAGUCAUCGAAUCAAUCAAGUCUGCCCCGAAGAAUACCCAGUUCGUAGACAUUGGAGAUGCCUUGUUAUCAACCGACGAUUUGGAAUGCCUUAUUAAAGAUGAUAUGUUCUUACAUGACGGUGUGAUAAAUGCUUACAUAUAUUGCUUGCUUGCUCACGACCAUCUACAAGACAGGGCGGGUGAAAAGUUAUUCAUUCCGAUUAACAUGCCGGGCUACCAUUGGUAUCUAGCAGUUGCCAAUGCCAAAAAACGAGAGAUCCAACGUAUCAUGUGGAUUAUUUAUGCUAAAUUAUAUGGAAUACUGGACACCACAUGGACUGCCAGACUAGUUUACGCAGAUAUCAAAGAGUGCGAGCAGAAAGAAAAAUAUGACUGCUAUGGCGACUGUGAGGAAUUGCCGGGGUCGUUUCGUUGCCGGUGCCCGGCAGGAACACAUGGCAACUAUACCCUACCUGGUGGCUGCGUCCACAAAGGUAACUUGCGUUUAAUCAUUGGUCUCUCGAUUGCAAGUGGACCAUGCAUUUUACUGUUGGUUCUUGGUGCACUCCUAAUAACCCGUGCUCUUAAGCAAUGCAAGGCUGAUGCAUUGAGAUGGAAGUUCUUUAGUCAGAACCGUGGGCAACUAUUGAAGCAGUUGGUAUCUCACAGGGCAGAUAUCGGAGAGAGGAUGAUCAUUUCAUUAGAAGAGCUAGUGAAGGCUACCAACAAUUUUGAUCAAACUCGCAGGCUCGAUGAAGGAGGGCAUGGCAUCGUCUACAAGGGGAUCUUGUCGGACCUGCAUGUUGUGGCCAUCAAGAAAUCAAAUAUUGUUGUCAAGAGAGAAAUCGACGAGUUCAUAAAUGAGGUUGCCAUACUCUCACAAAUCAACCAUAGAAAUAUUGUGAGGCUCCGUGGGUGUUGCCUCGAGACAGAAGUCCCUUUAUUGGCUUAUGAGUUCAUUUCCAAUGGAACACUCAGUGAUCAUCUUCACAGGCCAGAACCAGGAUCGCUUCCUUGGAAAGAUAGGUUGAGGAUCACAAGUGAAAUAAGCAAAGCUCUCGCUUACCUUCACUCUGCUGUUUCAGUCCCAGUAAUACAUAGAGAUAUCAAGCCUUCCAACAUACUUCUUGACGAUGCAUUGACAGCAAAAGUUUCAGACUUUGGAGCUUCAAGAUACAUUCAAGUGGAUCAAGCAGGAACAACAACUGCAGUGCAAGGAACUAUAGGGUACUUAGACCCUAUGUAUUAUUAUAAUGGGCGCCUCACAGAAAGUAGUGAUGUUUAUAGCUUUGGAGUCCUUCUUGUUGAAUUGCUUACUAGGAGGAAGCCAUCUUUGUAUAGAUCCACCGAAGGCGAUGGACUUGUCAUGCAAUUUGUGGCACUACUUGCAGAAGGUAAUCUGCCCAAAAUAUUAGAUCCGCAAGUUGUAGAGGAGGGGGGUAGCGAAGUGAACGAAGUUGCUACUCUAGCUGUGGCGUGUGUGAAACUAGGAGCAGAGGAGCGGCCAACCAUGAGGCAAGUGGAGAUGGAACUUGAAGCUCUCCAAGCAACCAAGGAGAUUGUCUUGGCUGAUUUGGUAGAAGAAAUAGAUGAGGUGUAUGUAGCAACGGGCUAUCCCUCGACCAGCCAACAAGCAAAGAAAAAACAAAAAGAAACAAGCAGGUGUUAUAGCCAAGAAGAAGAAUUCCUGUUGUCCGCGACAUUCCCUCGAUAGUUUUGCUUGCUUGUAAGUGGCUUUUUAGCUAAGGUACAUUAUUUCUGUUAUUGAGAAUCAGUAUGUAUUAUUGUAUGAACAUGUGUGGUGAACAUAUCUCUGUUGUGCUAAUUUUGCAUGUUGUCGUGCACUCAUCAUUCUUGAUGAUCAUCUAACUCCCCACUCCCCAUGUUGUUUGGUUCAAUGGGGCAUUUUUUUUGGAGCACCCAAAGAUCAUGGUGGGCUUGGUAUCCAUGUAGAUGAAAGUAUUGUCUUCUUUCCUAGUGGCUUUUCAAGCUUAUAAACAAGGAUCGUAUGUACAACCCCCCUAAACACAUCAACGGACCAGAUCUAUUCAUACCCUUUUAUAACAAAGGGCAGGAUGGUCUG